AUGGGCUUGGACAUUGAGGAUGAAGAAAGUGCGGCGCCCUUCAAGCGCUUCUUUGAACGUCUGAGAGAAGACGUGCCUGGCUACGAGUUCAACGAUCGCAUACCACCCUUCCACUCCAGCUACGACAACUGGCACUUCUUUGGCAGACGGAAGUCCCGACCGAAUGUCUCUGGGCAAAAGACGAGCGCAUCCGAAGCUUCGAGCUCACGACCAUCCAGCAUAAGAACUCGUAGCGAUUAUGAUAUCCCCAAUGACGAAGAGAAAGAGCGGGAAGUGUGGGUCAUCGGUCGCAUGUCAAAGCAGAUCCUGAGGCUAGAGCGGGAGUUCAAGCUAUGCCAGACACUGUUUCGGCAGCAAACUGAGGGUCAGAAACACUUCGUCAGACCGCUCGACUUCUUCCGCUUGCCAGCGCGAGAUGUCGACGACGUGCCUCUGUGUGUGUCUGUUGUGGAGGCUCCUGGUCGCGACUACCUGAACGAGCUAGUUGAGUUUGGGCCGAACUUCUACAUGGGCACACCGGAAUCUCCUCAACAACAUCACCACGAGCAAUGCGCGCUUCUGACAUUCCUGGACUUUGCUAUAGGCGCGAGCGAGUGCUUGGAAAUUCUGCACCAUGGCAACCAGAUCGUCCAUGGUGAAAUUCGUGGCGAUGCCUUCCACUACAACAAGGAGACUGGCGUGGUGCGAAUGAUCAAUUUCGGCUCUGGAGUUAGGAGCUUCGAGCAUGGACUGACAUCGGCCAACUGGUCCUCGCUGAUGCAGCAGCGUGGUAUUGAGCACAAGCUUCAGUUCAUUGCGCCUGAGCAGACGGGUCGUCUGCCUGCUGAACCCGAUGCGCGAUGCGACAUCUACAGUCUCGGAAUACUCUCCUGGAGCAUGCUGACGGGUGCUGCACCAUUCGAGGGCAAAACAUCGUUGGACAUCAUGCAGAGCGUGCUUUCGCGAAGAAUCCCCUUGGCAUCGUCGAUCCGACCGGAUGUCCCAGAGGCACUCGCCAAGGUCAUUCGCAAAAUGACUGCUCGAAAUAUGGAAGAUCGUUAUAAUUCGACAUCAGGCAUCAAACAUGACCUUCAAGAGCUGAAGAGAAUUCUCAUGGAUGGCGAUCAGGACGCGCUGGCCGAGUUCAAGGUCGCCUCGACAGAUGUCAGCUGCUUCUUUACUUUGCCUAGUCAGCUCGUAGGCCGUGAGGAGCAGCGCAAGGUCAUCAUCAAUGUGAUCGAAAAGGCUGCUGCCAAGUCAGCAAAAGCCGCUUCGAUCACGAGGAGAGGACUUUAUAGCAUAAGCUCCAACUCUUCGCUAAUCUCUGGGGAGAAAGACAUUGUGUUAGACGAUAUCAUGAGCGACAGCACCUCUUCUACGGACCGUGAUCGAGGACGAGAUGAUUCGCGGUUGAUGUCGAUACCUGAGGUUCCUCCUUACGAGCCAUCGAAGCGAAGCGCCUCGCAGAGUCGUCAGGAUCGCAUGGGAAGUGUGGCUUCUUCGGCAACAUCUACUCUGGGAGAGCCGACCGAUAGCCGUGGCUCCAACGACAUCGCAGAGAGUCUUCAUCGCACCACUUCUUCAAGCUUCCAAUUCAACGGUAGCCCCGGUGAGCCAGGCUCUCUAUUAAGGACAGCACAGAAAUUGAAGAAGAAAGGCAAGACGGAGAUAAUUGGUAUCGAAGGCGCUGCCGGCUUUGGCAAAUCUUCGCUGGUUCAGAACAUUCAGAUCACCGCACGCAAGCAUGGAUACUUCACCUCGGCCAAGUUUGAUCAAGUCAGGAGUGCACCAUUCGAUCCAAUUGUGCGGGUAAUGUCGUCGCUCUUCAGGCAAAUUUUCUCGGAAAACGACGUCGGCACGGCAUUUCACGACAAUAUCCGGACCUUUGUCAAGCCAUUUUGGGGCGUUCUUCAUGCUUCCCUAGAGUUGCCGUUGUGGUUACUGGAGCCUGCCACGGAUGGCAAGACCACUAACGCCUCGAAUUUCAUGGCCAACCCAACACUUCAGAACGGCACAUUAGGAAGCAUGCCCGAGCGGAAAGCAUGUAACGCCGCGAGCACACAAGAGUGGCUACGAUCUGGUGGCUCCGCGAAAUCUUCGAGAUUCAUGCACAUCUUCCUCGAUGUGUUGCGACUACUGAGCAUGCAGAAAUUUGUAUGCUUUUGCUUGGAUGACUUGCAAUUCGCGGAUCCCGAGUCAUUAGAGCUGCUCCAAGUCAUCGCCGGUGCACACGUCCCCAUAGUGCUGAUGCUCACCUACAGAGAUGAGACGGAACUCACUGCGCCAGUCAAGCGGCUCUUGUCGAAGGCCGUGAAGGUGUCAGUCGGUGCAUUCACCGAUGAUGAUACCACAGAGUAUGUCUCGCAAACACUGCACAGAUCAGCGGACUACUGUACGCCUUUGGUGGCUGCAGUACAGGAAAAGACUCAGGGCAACCCGUUUUUCGUGCGAGAAAUGUUAGACUCGGCAUAUCGCAAGAAGUGUCUGUACUACUGCUGGAAGCAUUCUGAGUGGGAGUACAACCUGGACAGAUUGUUCGAAGAGUUUGCGAGUCCUGACACUGGCAAAUUCUCUAGCAACGACUUCAUCCUGCGUCGCAUGAAAGAGCUCCCUAUCGAUGCCCAGGCAGUAUUAUCGUGGGCCGCAAUCUUGGGCAACAGCUUUCAAUUUCAGACGAUCAAACGUGUUAUGAGCUGUGCAUGCUCAGAUCUGGCCCCGCAGCCACUGAUACCGCCAAAAUCGACGGACGCGGUCGCAGGACUCCAGGUUGCCUUGCAAUCUUUCGUUAUCAUGCCGACUGAAGACGAAGACAGAUUCAAGUUCUCGCACGACAGAUAUAUCGCUGCAGCAGACAUACUGUGCGAAGCAUAUGUCAGAUCAGAGAUGCACUACGUGGUGGCCACCUCGAUGAUGAAACACGAGCCAUACGACCCUGUGAGUCAACCAAAUAAGGUCCUGUUCGAGCAAGCCAGACACGUAUGCGAGGGAGUCGAGGCUAUCAAGCGGAGAGCCCCCAAGAAGACCAAAUACCGAGAACUAUUGUAUCAAGCAGCUGAGACUGCGCGCGAGUCUGGUGCCAGGAGAUCCGGGCUGUACUUCUUUGAACACUGCAUAGACCUUCUUCCGGAGGAUCCCUGGGACGAUGAUACCGACGAUGCCUCAUACAGCGAGACUCUUGCGCUCAAGACUCGAGCUGCAGAGGCAUACUGGUACGCUGGGGAGUAUAAUGAGAGCAGCCAGCUGCUUGAAGAAGUCUUCGACCGUGCUCGAGAUACUGCGGACAAGGCACCAGCUGCCAUCGUCCUCAGUCGCAUGCAUGCUCAGCGUGGGGACAGCCAGACCGCGUUCAAUACUUUGAAAGCCGCGCUGUCUGAGCUCGGCAUGUCAGUGCCGGAGACUACAUGGGACGACUGCGACGAAGAGUUUCAGAGCAUCAUUCCUAUGUUGCAAGGCAAUCCUCCGGACUACGACAUUGCAAACACAAAGUCAACAGAUCGACAUCUGACAACACUUGGAGCCCUGUUGACAGAGUUUCAGUCCUCGGCAUAUUGGACUCAUCAUCUGCUCUACUACCAAUCGACUUUGCUUAUCAUGCGACUGUACCUGAAGUAUGGUCUCUUCCCACAAGCUGCACUUGGCUACGUAAACCUUGCCGCGCUCUCAGUCUGGCGCUUCAGUAUGGUCCAGGCUGCUGUGGAGUUGGGCAAUACUGCGUUGAAAAUCAUCGAUACAUAUAGCCAGGAGUUGUACGUCGGCGGACGCACGCUCACGCUGUACGCUGUCUUCCUGGGGCACAUUCAAAAAGACUGGCGAGACAACUAUGAGCUGCUCAACGAAGGCCUGGAGUGUGCGUCCUCGGCGGGAGACAAGAUCCUCCAUCUUCUGAACAUUGGUAUCAUGGCUGCCUACCGACUCUGGGCUUCGGAGAAUUUGGCAGACACCGAAGCUCUGAUUGCGUCCGUUAGCGACGAAUUUCCUGACUGGGCGGAGAACUUACGCGGUGGUGUGUUCCUAGUCGGCGUACGAAGCUAUGCGCGAGCGCUUUCUGGGAAGACAUAUUACAAAGUAGCAUCGGAUGUGCUCACCGACAGCAGUCACGACAGCUCGGCAUACGAACGAUACAUUGCAAGCACAGCAUCAUCUCCUGAUCGACCCUUGAGUAUCUAUCAGAGCUUCAGACUAAUAGCAAUGUAUCGCUUUGGCCACUACAAAGAGGCAAUGGAGUUCGGGACGGAGAUGCUCCAGCGGACUGAUGGCCUCCUCUGCCAACGGUUCCGCUAUGCAGCACUUUUCUAUCUGAGCAUGUCAAUCCUGGCUUGCAUCAAAGAUGAGCCAGACCGAAGUGACCGCGACGAACUUCUGCAGCGAGUGGCAAAGUAUCGCGCGCACAUUGAGGUCAUAUCAUCGGUGAAUGACGUCAAUUACGUGGUGUAUCUUCAGCUUCUACAGGCCGAAACAGCAGACAUCGAAAUGCGCUACGGCGAAGUCUUAGGCCACUUCGAGACCGCCGUCAAUCACAGUGUGCUUCAUUCAAAUAUCUUGGACGAAGCUCUCAGUCUCGAACUAUAUGCAGACUGGUUGGUCCGAAGAGGAGCCGCCAGACCCGCACGUGGAAUACUUCUAGACUGUGUCUCCGCUUACAGAAGAGUGGGUGCAUUUGGUAAAGCCGAACACGUCUCCGAAAAGUAUGGAUACCUUUUGUUCGGAACCAGAAGCCUGGCUACCGUCGAUGCCGGAACACAAACAUCGGAUGCAGGUGCAGGCCCAUCGUACGUCGAUAAGCUGGAAAAGAUCUCGACUCACGAGGCUGCUCAGACACCCGCUGAUAGGACCGUCGAGUGGCUGGACCCACAUGCUGCGCUUAGGCCACGGCACGACAUGCUCUCGAAGGAAAUGCCGGCGGCGCUGUCUUCGGCGGUUGGACUUGAUAUGAUCGAUCUGGCUGGAAUCCUGGAGUCGUCACAACUACUGUCGUCGGAGCUCAACGUAGACCGACUGUUGGCAAAGCUUUCCAACAUCAUUGUUGAUGCGACUGGCGCAGACAUGGUUGGUUUGGUCGUUGAGAAUGAGGGUGGAGAAUGGUGCGUUGCCUCUGUCGGUACGCCUGAGGGAGUCGACACACCUAAAGCGGACAUUCCCUUGAUGGAAGUUGAAGAUCAAGUCGCGAAGCAGGUUACGCUCUACGUGCUACGCUUCAAGGAGCAACUGUUCCUGCGGAACGUUCUGGAUGACGAGCGCUUCAGUAACGUCCCAGAGAAAUGGCUGGAGGACAAUCCUGAAGGCGCGAGCAUGAUCUCGCUGCCUAUCCUACACGGCGAAGAUGUCCUACUUGGAUCUCUAUACUGUCAAGCGCCACCACAAACCUUUACCGAUCGCACAGUUACAUUGCUCAAACUUCUAGUCAACCAAAUCGCCAUCUCAAUCGCGAAUGCGUUACUCUUCAAGCGCUCCGAGAAAGUGCAGGCAAGCAAUACUUCAAUGCUCGAAGUCCAGAAGCAAGCUCUGGCGCAAGCACGAGAUGCUGAGAAGAAGGCCAAGGAGGCGGAAGCUAAAGCUAUGGAGAUGGUCCGACUGAAGGAUGAGGCUGCUAAGGCGAAGUCCAUGUUCCUGGCGAAUGUGUCCCAUGAAUUGCGCACGCCGCUGAAUGGUGUCAUUGGCAUGUCGGAGAUGCUGAAGUCGACACCGCUCAACAAAGAGCAGGAGGAGCAUGCUGACUCGAUUCGGGUGUGUGCUGAUACUUUACUCAGUGUCAUCAACGACAUUCUGGACUUUUCCAAGCUUGAAGCGGGUAAGAUGCAGGUCUUCAGCGUGCCGCUGAGUUUGACAGAGACGAUCACGGAGGUUGUGAGGGCAUUAUCGUACACAAACCUGGAGCGCAAUCUCAAGACAAUCACGAAGCUAGACCUCGAUCAGAACUUGGUGGUGAUGGGGGAUCCUGUGCGACUGCACCAAAUUCUGAUGAACCUCAUGUCGAACGCCUACAAGUUCACUGCUAAGGGCAGCGUCACGGUGCGCGCGAAGGUCGAUAGUGAGGAUGCCGACAGCAUUAACGUUACAGUGUCAGUCACGGAUACCGGAAUCGGGGUCUCUGAAGAACAGCAGAAGAAGCUCUUCCUGCCAUUCUCGCAAGCCGACUCUAGUACUGCUCGAAGCUAUGGCGGGACCGGUCUGGGUCUGAGCAUCUGCAAGGCAAUCCUGGAGAAUGUGAUGCACGGACACAUCUGGUUGGAGAGCGCGCCUGGUGUAGGGACGACUGUGUCGUUCAGCUUGCCGUUCAAGAAGGUCAACAAGUCCGAGCUGAGCGAGUCGAAUGGCAACACGCCGCAUGGUCGUGAGACAGAUCCGAUGGCCAUGUUCUCACCUCCUGCCAUUGAUGACGCCCCAGGGGCGAGAGCGAUCGUCAGUUUGCAGGGUAUACCGCGAGAUCAACUCAAAGUUUGCAUCGCGGAGGACAACCCGAUCAACCAGAAGAUUGCCAUCAACUUUGUCAAGAAGCUUGGCUUCAACUGCGAGGCUUAUGGUGAUGGCCAGCAAGCCUAUGAUGCGCUUGAGCGGGCUGCGAAGGAUGGGCAUCCAUUCCACUUGGUGCUCAUGGAUGUACAAAUGCCCGUAUUAGAUGGCUACAAUGCCACGAGGGAGAUUCGCAAGUCAGAAGAGCCGAAAGUUCGAGACAUUCUGGUCAUCGCCAUGACAGCCAGCGCCAUUCGCGGCGACCGCGAAAAGUGUCUCGAAGCAGGCAUGAACAACUACCUCGCCAAACCAGUCCGCGCCGAUACUCUAAAACAAAUGCUCGAAUCAUAUCUCCACCAACCCGCCCGAGCGAUGCCCAACUUGCAAGAAGAAGCCAACAACCUCGUCAACACCGUCGUGUCCGAAGAGGACGAUAAAGAAGAAAACCACAUCCCUCGAAUCCACAUCCAGUCCCCACCCGAUCGACCCAAGAGCGCACAGCACAGGGAUACAGAGAUCCACCUCACGCCAGAGGAAAUGGCGAGGAAACCACAAGCGCAGGCGAAUAUGCAGCAGCAAAUGCAGGCGGCGCAACAGCAGAUUAGGGAGCUGCAGGAGAAGCCUAGCCGGGCUGCGGGAGGGAAGAAGAUCAGGAGGCCCGGGAUGGAGAGGACGAAGAGCUAUUACUCGGCUACGAGUGCGGAGGGGAGUGAGGAGGAGAGGUAG